AUGGAGCCACAAAGAACACCACCACCACCUUCUCGCGGAGGCGGCGGCGGCGGCAAUUACAACACGAUUAGGGCGGCGAUAAUGGCGGUGGUGAUGAUUGUCUUCACCGGUUACCUCUUCUUGUGGGUCAUGCUGCCCACUAAUCCCUACCGCCUCAAGUGGCAGCCUAAGCUUCGUACACAAACCGCUUCCACUUAUUUCGGAACCACCCACGGCGCGACUUACUUGGUGUUCACGUUUCCGGUUCUAUUGAUCGCGGUCUUAGGGUGUGCGUAUGUUCAUCUAGGAAAGAAAUCGAGCGACGACGACCACACCGAAGGGAAAAAUGGAAAUAAUAAUCAUAGGUUGGCAAUAUGGAAAAGGCCUAUGAUUAUAAAAGGAUUGGGGAUAGUGUCUCGAAUUGAAAUUGCAUUUUUUUUAAUGUUUAUUGCUCUUCUUAUUUGGAGUUUUGCUACUUACUUACAUAACAGCUUUGCAACCAUUACACCAAAAUCAGCUGCUAAAAAAGGAGAAAAAGUAUGGGAAGUGAAGCUAGACUCGGCGUCGCACCGGUUAGCGUUUAUCGGAAACAUAGCCUUUGCAUUUCUUUUCUUUCCGGUGACACGUGGCUCGUCGGUACUGCCGCUAUUCGGGCUGACGUCGGAGGGUAGUGUUAAAUACCACAUAUGGUUGGGCCACAUUAUCAUGACCCUUUUCACCGCCCAUGGCAUCGGUUACGUCGUCUAUUGGGCGAGCGUGCAUGAAUUAUCCGAGGUAAUAUAA